CCGCUCCGCGCUGAAUGGUCGUCGUCGUCUUGGAUAACGGCGGGUCGAGCAUCAAGGCUGGGAUCCUGUUCAAUAGAAAGCCAGAACCGAGGAUCGUACCCAACGCGGUGAUACGCGCGCCAGGCGACAAAGCAACCUACAUCGGGCACGAGUUCCACCAGCGUUGCCGGGACUUCUCCUCGCUCUCAUAUCGGCUUCCGCUCGAGAAAGGGUUCGUCGUUGAUUGGGACGCGCAGAAGGCUGUGUGGGAUGGACUGUUCUCGGACGAAGUGCUGAAUGUCAACCCCACGGAGUCGACACUAGUCAUCACCGAGCCGUACUUCAAUCUUCCCAAGCUGCAAGAAGUGUACGAUCAGUUCGUGUUCGAGGAGUACGAGUUUCAGGGACUCUUUCGCGCGACUCCUGCUUCUUUCAUUCCACAUGGAACACUGCUCGGCGAAACACCGCCUGAAUGCUCGCUCAUCGUCGACUCUGGGUUCAGCUUCACCCACGUCGUGCCGAUAAUGCAGGGCCAAGUCGUGUGGGAGGCCGUGAAACGACUCGACCUCGGCGGCAAACUGCUUACGAACCACCUCAAAGAGCUAAUCUCGUUUCGCCAGUGGAAUAUGAUGGAGGAGACGUACAUGAUGAACCACGUCAAGGAGACAUGCUGCUAUGUGGCGCAAGACUUCGGUCAGGAUCUAGAGGUCUGCCGAAACGACCCCAAAAACUCAAUCGUGCAGGAGUACGUGCUGCCUGAUCUCACAAAACAAAACGCAGGCCGCAUUCGUCAGCCUAAUGAAGUUCUGCUGGAAACAGACCAAGUAUUGACGAUGGGCAACGAGCGGUUCUCAGUGCCCGAAAUCAUGUUUCGUCCCGACGAUGUCGGCCUGAAGCAAGUCGGAAUUGCUGGCACGAUCGCUUCGUCCAUUGCACUGCUGCCGGAGGAUCUCCAAGGGCUCUUUUGGGCCAACAUCGGACUGAUCGGUGGGAACACGGAAUUUCCGGGAUUCCGUACUCGCUUGAUACCAGAGCUCGAAUCUCUAGCACCGAUGGGAACCGACGUCGCCAUCUAUCACGCCGAUAAGUCAGACACCCCACCGGUUUAUGUGAACUCACUCACCCGAGCUUCAGACCAAGCUUGGCAGCAUACGAAGCCGCCUGCGCCUUCGCGUCUCAACCCCACUUUGAGUCCGAAAUAGCUAUCACACGGGAGGAGUAUCUCGAGUAUGGGAGCACGGCUGUCCGCCGGAAAUGCCCUGACUGGCGGGCCGGCCCGCCGCCUCCACCGGCUACGUCGAGAAAAGGAAAGGGCCGAUCGGAGGGCCCUUCGAGCGAUGUCGAAGAGUCCGAAGACUCGGAGAGCGAUACGGACGAUGGGGACAGAAGCGUGGUUCGGAGAGGUAAGAGGAAGGCGGGCCGGGCAGCAGGAAAAGUUACAGUGUCGAGAAAAAAGUAAUCUUUGCUUAGUUUAUUUCAAGGGCGAACGUUAUGUGAUUCGAAAUAAACGUCUGGUAGCGUAGACAUCAAGGGACGAAGAGCUCGGCGAGCUGGCAAAAUGACAAGGGCGAGAUUCGAACUCGCGCCAUUUCUGACUAGUACUGGUACAUUCCAAGAAUGUUAGACCUGAAACUAGCGCCUUAGACCA